UUGGGACGCCGACUGAGAGCCAGGCCUAUUCAAGAAGAGUGGAGGCUGUUAUAGCAGCAAAUCGGGGACCAACAUUAAUGCCCAUGAUUAAUAUGUGUCCACAUACCUUUGGCCAUGUAGUGUAAAUGUGACUAUUUAGCUACUGUGAAUGUGUCAUCCACAGGAUUCAAAGUAGGUUAUAUUGACAAGAAGGUGACCAAUGAAAGGAUAGAAAUGGGUUAUCAUACUUGAUACACCGUGUGAAGCAUGACUUGUGUUUUUUGUUUUAGAACUCGAUGUUUUAACCUACAAUGUUUCUUUAUUUGUUUAAGAACAAAAACCUGAACACUGAGCCAACUUCUAUAUAACAUAGCUCCUCCAAACGUUAUACAGUUUGAUUUUGUCUAAUAAAUAUAUUAAUAUUGUUAUAUUCAUGAUCAACUUUUAUUUGUGUUUUUUCAUUUGUCAAGAAGACCCUACUGACAACUGAAGCACUACAAUUGUAUGAAUUAUUUUGAAAAUAAACUGUACAGUGUAUAAUCAAGUAUUAAAGUGAUGAUGCGAUCAUUAACUUAAUUUUGAAAUAUUUAUAUGAAGCCGUUGAUCCAUGUUUGUAAUAAAAGAAAAUGUCUUUUGAUUUUGAUUCAUUUAUUUUUGGGUGAAAACUAUUUGUACAGUUUAGAAAUCCAAGAGGACAACACAUGAAAGUGUAAAAUACACUUAUUUCCAAAGCGUUUGUCUGACUGUUGUAUUCAUUUAUGUUUAUAUGUGGAGAACUUGUUAGAUCACGUGUGUAUGCUAAUCAUUAAAUCCCCCUAUUAGCAGUCUAUUUGUAGCCAAUGUGGAAUUGCGAGCUAGUUGGCUGUGUGUUAGAAGAGGGACAGAAGCCAUACUGUUACAUAUCCAACAUGUAGCAGCUGUCGUCUUGACAUGACCAUUAAAAUGUCUUCAUGGAGAUGUAGUCUCGCGUUACCAUAUCCCCAAAAAUGCAUCCUAAUAGCACCCAAUCCCUAUGUAGUCCACUACUUUUGACUAGGGCCCAUACGGCUCGGGUAAAAAAGCAGUGCACUAUAUAGGAAAUAGCGUGCCAUUUGGGAUGCACACCCAAGUAUCAUUAAUCACUGCUAUUUCCGAACGAAUGUGAGGAAGCCUGUGUAUUGAGGUUAAUGGACAGGAGGCCAAGAUCGCCACCAUUUGGGCACAAAGCUACAAUUCUCAUUAUUGUCCUAUAACCUUUAACCUGGUCACCUCAAUUCGAAUAACAUUCUAUAAUCACGAUGCUUCUUUUAUGUAGACCCGUCCAGUUGUCUUAGAUCAGUGUAUUUUGUUGAAAUAUCCUAGCAAUGCUUUGAUGGUAACAUGAUUUGGAUGUGAUAAUAAUAGCAGAGAGAGGACCCUGCCUGGCACCACUGAGCUGUUUAUAACACUUGAGAGAGAUCUAUAGUCUAGUAGACAUACACUCUGGGGAACUGACAACUUACUCUGGAGCCACUUCUCUACAACCAAAUGAGGUACUUGGAUUUGAAUUGGACUGAUUUGAAUUGAAGUGAAUUGAUUGAGUUGAACUGAACUGGAUUGAUUGGACUGAAAUGGACCCUUGCUGAGUAAUCUGGAUUGGAUCAAGGUAUACAGACAGGAUCUCUAUGGGGUGAGCUGCUUGUUGUUUUUAUCAUGGAGAAGACGGGCCUAAUGGAAAUACUCUUCAUUACUUUCAAUCACAACGUCACUUUUCUGGGGAAGACAUGGUUGAUCUUGAUGGUGGUCCUGAGGUUACUCAUCCUCCUGUUCUCUGGCUAUCCCCUCUUCCGGGACGAGCAGGAGCACUUUGUGUGCAACACCAUCCAGCCGGGCUGCACCAACGUCUGCUUCGACAGUUUUGCUCCCCUCUCCCUCUUCCGCUUCUGGCUGUUCCAACUGAUCAUGCUCUGUCUCCCUCACCUGAUGUUCAUCUCUUAUAUCAUCCACAAAGUAUUGUCAACUCUCCGUAUCAGAGGGAACUAUUUCUCUGGGAGCAGAAUUCAGACCGGAGCAGGCACUCUGUGCACCCCUCUACACGCUCUACCAAAAGGAACACCUAACUUUGUAAGUGCCUAUCUUCUGGAUGUGAUACUGCGGAUUCUGCUGGAGGCAGCGUUCAGUGCCGGCCAGUACUACCUCUAUGGCUUCUCUGUCCCCAGGAGCUUCCAGUGUUAUGAAUUUCCCUGUACGUCCAUGGUGGAGUGCUACAUUUCCAGCCCCACAGAGAAGACCAUCAUGCUCAACUUCAUGCUGGCGGCUGCCUCCCUGUCUCUGCUAUUGAACUUGGCAGAUCUUGUGUGCUCUGUGCAAUGGAUGGUGACACAGAGGACCAGGAGAAAGGGCAGACGGUUGAUGAAAGGUGGGGUUGGGGAGGACAUGGAAGUCCUGUACAACCAGAACCACAAGACCCCCAAAACUGUCAAGAGAGGACAAAGUCACAUGGACAAACCAACCUCUAACUGUAACCCAAACGGUGACCUUUCACACAGAAGAGUCAGAAUAAAUGAUGAGACUCGCGUUAGGGUGGCUGCCCAACCACUGCAGGGGAGCAGGCUGCCGCGGAGGGAUGCAAAGAUUGAACCGCCAUUUCACCCCAUUCCUAUGGGGGCUCCAUGGAGCGGGCACUUCGUUCAUCCCAACCACAUCUCCCGUUCAUCUUCCGUCCCUCUCUCCCAGCAGUUAGAGAGAGACCCAGUAGUAGUGUCACGCCAAUUUACACCCUCACAAAUGUACAGUGGUCGGAGGCAUGGCCAGUCCACCAUGGUAGACGCAACACUCCUGGAGCAGCAUCAUGAUAGUGCAGAAUCCCGUGAUAGGCUCCUAGACGACGUCAACCUGCAGGAAGUAAGGGGCUCCUCAAGCUCUUCCAGUGAUUCUUCUUCCUCAUCAGAUGCUCAGUAAAGUAGAUUGUUUUA